CACAGUGCCCAGUGCUGAGGAGAGGUUCUGAAAACUGGGCUCUCCACAGGCACGUGCCUGCCAGCACCAGUUCCAUCACCAUACCUUGCAGCAGGCAAGCAGCCGGCUGGGGCCCUGCCUGCAGCUGCGGGCAGCAUGCCGGGAUGCUGGGGCCAGGCGCCCAUCUGGCACAGCCAGAAAUGUGGAGACCAGGUCAUUCCUGGAGGAGGGUGCAACCUUCUCCUGCUUUCCCUCUUGGAGGACUUAGAAAAACUGAGACGUGUCUGUGUUCUCCUCCAGCUGGCUGUGCAAGAGGCCAGCCUGUGUGCGUGAGCAGCCUGGAAGCAUCUUUGUCUCUUUGCUGCUCUCUCCUUCCCCAUUCACGCUCUGGAACGUGUCUCUUGCAGCUUCACAAGCCUUCUCCUCAUUUUGAUCUGGGAGAUCCAUACUGUCGCCAACUGCGCACAGAAUACAACAGCCUGCAUGACCCGCAUCUGCAGGCCUACCACAACCGCAAAGCCAACCUGCGGAACCUGAAGAACAAGGGCUUUGUCACCGAUGAUGGCAAGGUUGUCUGCACUCUGAAGGAGUUCAAUGAGUACAGGCAGUACCUGACCAGGCUCAAGCUGGAGCAUGAGGAAACAAAGAGGCGAGAAGAGCAAAAUCUUGGUCAGGAGAUGUCUAAUUUGAAGAAGUUUGCCCAGAGAGCGAUGAUGGAUGUGGACAAAUCUUGCCUGGGCACAGCCACUACUGUGGACGUGGUUGUGGAAGAGAAAGCCAGUUCUCUGCAGCCUUGCAAACCAGCUGGCCCUCCUCCAAGCCACGCUCAUCAGUCAGGCCAACGCAGAAGGCUGAAAGCAGCUGUGGUUCACCAAGAUCUUCAGGGAGACUCAAAGAGCACAGGACGUGCAGUGAAGCUGCCUGACAAGUUGCCUAAACUUGAGACAGGCAGGGAGGGUGCAAAGCUCCCUGAAAAUAUCCAUACUGAAGCUGCCUCAGCAAGAAAGGCACGCUUCCCUGGAGAUCGUGAGUUCCGAGCUAUGUCUGAAAAGCACAGGGAAGACCAGAGUCUUCAAGAGGCGGUUAAGACUCAGGUGCUAGAAGCGUUGGAGGAGGUGAAGGCACUGUAUCCAUCUGCCUGUGCCUUAAGGAGGGCCUCCCUGAGAAUCAGACAAAGAUUGUUAGGAAGAGCAGAAAGACCAGAGCCUUCAGAGAUGUCCCCUUCCAACCCUGAGCAGGAAAUUGCUCUGCUCGCUAGGAAAAUUGUAGGGAGUGUGCUGGAGAAUGUUAGGAAAUCCGUGGAGUCUAGAAGAAGGGAAGCCUCUGACAAAUCAUCCUUACAGCCCUCCCUUGACAAAGCCAAACAAGAAGCCAUUGAAAGUGUUUACAAUAUGCUGCAAUCCUUUGUAGCUUCUCACUCUGAGGAAGAGUUUGAGGCUGAGUAUUCUGAAACCAUCGAGCUUCCCACCAACCACCUCUCUCAGAGGCAGCCGCAGCCGUCCCAGGUGCCUCUCUCACGGCAGAGCGGGAAGGAAGGACGAGGCUCGUCAGAAGAGCAGAGCCUGGCCACAAGCCAGAGAGAAAAGUUGCCGGCGAUCCAACCAAGGCCAAGCUCUGCUGAUGUCUCUGGACUGAGUCGCAGAAUUGUAAAGGAGAGCAUGGAAAACGCCAUCUCCAAACUGAAGCAGGAGGAGCAAGCACAACUGCUUCUUAAGCAUGCCAAAUCCAUUGUCACCGCAGUAAUUUCAAGAGUGAAGAAGGGGUUUUAGAAUGAGCUGCAGGCAUAGGCUGCAUCCCUGUAAAGGGAUGUGGGAAAGUUACAAGACCAAACUUGGAAAUGUA